AUGGGCUCUCAAGUUUCUAAUCUCUGUUUGAAAUGCUUUGAUCCUUCAAGAGACAAUAUUGAAUAUGAAAAUAUCCCAACCUCAAAUGACUCUACAGUUGUAGAGCUACUUGAUAUCAAAAGUCAUGAAGAACCUUUAAGGCCUGAAACUCAGCACAAUAAUCUUUCAGUGUUAGAAAAGCCUCACUCCCCCCCCUUUAAAUUGGAGCAAAAAAUUUUGUUCAGUGGGGUUAAUUUACCAAAAAAGUGGAAUUUUUCCCUAUAUUUUGUUCCAAUUUAAAGGGGGGAGUCAGGAAAAUACGAAUAUCCUACAUGUCGCAAUAGAAGAAGCUAAAAAAGAGUUCUUAGCCUAUGCAAAUUCCCCAAUGAGUCACGAUGACUGUGAAGAACUACAUAACAAGGAUGGUUACACAAUUUAUGGAAAAGACCUUGAAAGAGGAUUUAUUUUGAAAUCCCAAUGGAAAAUCCCUUAUACACCUUCUGAAUACCUUGGACUAUUUUUAAAUUUAGACGAAAGAGUCAAAUGGGAUCCUCAUAUCCAAGAAAUCAAGCUAUAAUUAAUUAAAUUAAUAAUGAUAACCUUUGCAAAGCUGUCUCCUUAUCAUUUUAUUUAAGGAGAUAAACUGAUAAACUCAGUAAAAAGCAGAAUAAUUUCAAAGGAUAAUGAUGGGUAUGCAAUGACUCAUACAAAAUUGAAAAAACACCCCGUGGUUUCUCAAAGAGACAUUGUUUCUGAGUCAAAAUUAUUUCACCUAGACGAUGGGAUGCUUAUUGUCAGCAAAUCCUGUGAGCAUCCUGAUUACCCAGCUACAAAAGAUAUGGUAAGAAUGAUACUUUUUUUAACAGGAUAUUAUGUACAGCCAAUCGAAGAAGACGAAGAAGGAAAUAAGUCUAAAGUUUUCAAUGUUAUAAAAAUCGACUUUGGAGGGUCUUUUCCUCAAAAAAUGGUUAAAAAAGCAAAUGUGCUGGAAGUUCAAAAAAUGAAUAAAGCAAUUUUAAAAGUGUUAAAGAAUAAAGCAUAA